CUGUUUAUUAAACCGUUUUAACACCUGACCCGGUUUACAGCAGGAAAAGCUUCACACAAAGAUGUUCGGUGGACGCACUGGCUGCCAUUUUUAAUCUACCUGCAGGAAUCAUUUUAAAGGGAAACGAUUACCUGCAUGAGUGUUAAUAUUUUAAACAAUUCACGACUGCAGUUUGAGCGGCUGUUGAGACUGCGCAUGCUUCAUGGGAUCACGUUAAACUCAAGUCCUUAAAGAUGGCCAAAAUUGAGCGUCUUAAUGUUCGAGUGGAAAAGCUCCUAUCUAAAGUCGUGCAGGAGGUUCUGGAUGUGGUGAAAGAAACUGUGUGCGAGUAUCAGGAGAAAACUGCCAGAACCCAGAGAGAGAAUCAGAGUCUGAAGAGGAAACUGCAGGAGCUGCAAGACAGAAUUAACCUGGAGAGCAAUGGAUUGGUUCCAGAAAUGUUUGCAUCCAUCCCAGCAGACAUGAAAAAGAAAGAAGAGGUGGUCAUCCCUGUUGAUAAAGACACUGAGUCAUUAGGUGCUUCCUGCCUUUCCCCUGACCGUGCAACAGAAAGCCUGGGAAAUCUGAAAACAAAGACACAUGAUGGACAGUCAGCCUCACUAUUAAACCACAAAAAACCCUUCAUUGCACCUCUGCAUUCUGAAAAUGACCAGAAAACGAAAGUAGAGCCUGCAUCAGAUAACGAUGGCUUGCGUAUUGUGAAUUAUUUUUAUUGCGAUCCAUCAACGAGCACUGCAGGACUCGGAGGUGAGUCUGCAGUUUUCUACAUUGAUUCAGAACGUGGCGUACAGGAGCCAGCGAGACACAUCAGUGGAAACGAUGCUGGAGAAGAAAACCAAACCAACACAGAAGUGGGCUGCUCGUCCUCAGCAGAGAAACUGCAGAGAAACGUCCGAAAACACUACAGCUGCUCUCUCUGCGGUCGCACCUUCAGGCAUGCAGGUGACUAUAAGAAACACAACCGGGUGCACACAGGGGAGAGGCCGUACUGUUGCUCGGUGUGCGGCAAGCGCUUCAGCCAGUCCGGGUAUCUCACAGUACACCUGCGCUACCACACAGGAGAGAAGCCGUUUGCCUGCAGCCAGUGCGGGAAAAGCUUCAGUCACUCAAGUAACUUAAAGAAGCACCAGCAGACUCAUCUGAUGUCUAAACUUGAGCGUUUGAACGCCCGGGUGGCCAGACUCCUGACCGAAGCCGUGCAGGAGGUUCUGGAGGUGGUGAAGGAGACGGUGUCAGAGUACCAGGAGAAAACAGCCAGGACACAGAGAGAGAACGAGAGUCUGAAGAGGAGACUGCAGGAGCUCCAGGACAAGAUACCAAAAGAAAGCACCCAUGAGAACACAUAUAAUUUUUCUGUCCUGACUACAAGUGGGCCAUCAGCAGAGGAGUGCGACACAACAGUGAAGCAGGAUCGGAGCAUCAUUCAGAAGCAUGACUCGGAUGUUGUUGCUCUCGCAGAGCAAAACAGCAACCAGCUCAACUAUGUCUUGAAGCAGGAGACUAAAGAAAAAGAGAGCCACAGCGGUAUUCAGACACAAGCUGAGUCCAAGUUGGCGCAAACGUCCACAGACCACCACAAAGUACAGCUGGCAGAUGCAACGCACAACUUAGAGGGGCAGCGUAUGCCGUCUGAAACCAGGGACGCCGGCGCAGACCCUUACUCCAGCGCACUGUUUGGGUUAAACAUGGCUGCUAUCAAAAGUGAAUCAGAGCCCACAGACUGCAUGUCAUCACAACAACCAUGUCUUCAAUCCCAGUACACCGGCUGCAUGGAUUUAAGCUGCAACUCCUCUCGUCACACCUCUACCGAGACCCUCAGGCCGCAAGCUAGCGCCGAGCCUUAUGGACUCGUUUUUGUUCGUUCAAAUCACAUGGCACACAGGAGGCAUGGAUUAGCAAAGAACACCAGGGCCGGUUUGGACGGCAGACAGAUCAGGAUGGAGCACCUCAGGAGAGACGGCUUCCACUUGUGCGUGGUCUGUGGAAAGACGUUCAGCAGGGUCGGGAACCUGAGAAUCCACCAGCGCUGCCACACAGGAGAGAAGCCGUACGGCUGCGUCCAGUGUGGAAGGCGCUUCAGUCAGGCGGGAGACCUGAAAAAACACAAAAGGGUCCACACGGGGGAGAAGCCGUACUACUGCAGCCAGUGUGGAAAGAGCUUCAGUCGAGGGGAGAACCUCAAAAGACACCAGAGGAUCCACAUCGGAGAGACGCUGCAUUUGCAGCAAGCGUGUCAGGAGCAGCGGUAGUGAUUACAGCACUGAGUUGAGUGCACAUCAAUAAAAUCAGCAGUUUUUUGUUUCUUUUUUAGAGAUUUUUAAAGGUUGAUUUUGGACCUGUGAUCCUAGUUUUAGAAACAGUUGCAGUGUAUUUAAAUUGUUGCUAACUGGAGCUGUUGGAAGGCUCCUCUGUUUGUCACUCUAAGCAUGGAGAAGCCAGGCGUCUGUUUUUUACCCUCUUAACCAAAUAGGGGAAGUCUUAAAAAAAAGCAUACUCUCUAUAUCUGAUAUAUCUGUGCAGUGUUACUUUGGUGACACAACUCAACCGAGUGUUGAAAUUGUAAUAACAGACAGCAGAUGGGCUUCCAUGCAUUGUUGUAACUUGCAAGAAUAUAUGUCAGUGCUCAAGAGAAGCAUCUUAAACAGGAAGCUUCUGUCACCUUUCAGCUAAUUACAUUCUCAAGGUGCUACACAGGACAUAUAAAUAAACACCAGGCAUCAGUGUGGUUUACACAGGGUUUAUCACAAGAGUCAUCCAAUUUGGAAAGGCUGUGUUUUUUAAAGAAACAGUGUUUCAGUCAUUACAGGUGAACGACUGAACAGUUAAAGCACUUUGACAACAGAUUAUUCCUUUUGAUACACCCUGUGUAAUGAAUAAAGCUAGAAAUGUAAAAAGAAAGGCACAAAAGCAUGCAGGUUUAUAUAUAAAUGUGAGCUUUUCAUUUAGAUCGAGAGAUGUUAAGAUUUUAUUGGAGCUUCAUUUGAAACAGCUUAUAAAGAAACAAGAGUCGAUACAUUUGUAUGGCCUGUGAAAUCUAAUCGAACUUAUGUAUGCUAAAAAUGUGUUUAUAUGUAUGUCUUGUGAAGCUCCGAGGGAAUGUGACUUCUAAAAGUUGGGUUGUGCCCAAAUGUUUCAUAAACACUGCUGCUUCAUUUAAAAAAAAAUAGAUUAUUAGCAUUUUUUUUACAUGUUUCUAUGAUAUUAUGAAGAACAAUAAUAAGCAUUUUAUAAGAUUCAAAUAGAUGACCCCUCCCUGAACCUGGUUCUGCCGGAGGUUUCUUCCUGCUAAAAGCGAGUCUUUCCUCUCACCAAGUGCUUGCUCAUAGGGGAUUGUUAUUGAUGGACUUUGCUCCAUCAUGCUGGAAAAAUGCCACCAGAUUGCUCUUGGAUCACGGGAAGAAGUUGGGCUUGGAGGACGUUUGUAGGAUAGUCAAUUCAUGAAAAGUAAUAAUAAUAAUAAUGAUAAUGGGUUGCAUUCAUAUAGCGCUUUUCGAGACCCUCAAAGCGCUUU